AUGAGAUGUGAAGAUGAUCCUGCGAUCCAGUACAUGAUUCCCAUGAGAACUCAAGCCGCACACGAGGAGCACGUACCAGAGCAUGACGAGAAUAUCUUCAUGACGGAUCAAGAAAUCACUCGUCGGAACAGGGGGAGGAACUUCAACACUCAGAGAGAACUUUGCCCUUUCUUCGAAUCUGGAUCGGGAGCAAACGAAUCAUUCGGGGCGCUAGAGGACGAAGAACUUCAAGAGUGGGAUCAGUUGAAAGAGAAUCAGAUCAAGUUUGGGAAGCCCAUUCCAGUCUUUGAUGCAGAAGAAUAUGGGAUUGCAGUGAAUCAGGAUGCAACGAAAGAUGGAGAGAACGACAAUGAGUAUGAAACAUGGGCAAACAACACACAAGACAUGGAUGAGGAGACUCGUUAUAGCCGGGUCCUUCCUCCUCCAGCAUCGAGCUUCAUUGAAGAAGACUCGCUCACAUCCGAGCUCUCCUCAGAAGAAGUGGUCCUGCGAGAAUCGAACAUUUCUGGUGAAGAUUAUGACACGGUGGAACUUCGGGGGCUCCCCGCUGCACUGAACUACAUCGUCAACGACUGGCAAGAUUGGUUGGAAGGCGACAUUGAAGAAUUUGUUCCGAUGAAGAAAGAAGAGUUUCCUCCCGAGUUGAUCGAGUGGCUGGAGGAGAAUCAGCACCAUGUCAACCCGAUGCUGCGGACUGGACUGAUCAAAGAAGGUUUCAUAAAACCUUUGCCACGCCCUCCGAGGCCACCGAAAGUUGUACAAGAAGACGCGCAGACGAAUCUGAAUGAAACGAGCUCAGUCGACGUUUCAAUGCCCAGGCCAGGUGGAAUUGUGCAAUGCGCUCCUUCGCAGAUCAAGAGUCCUCCAAUCCCCCUUCCGCCUUUCCUGCUGGAGCAAUUGGCGAUCAUCAGGAAGCAUGGCACGAGAGAGGAGAAGCUCGCAGAGGAGACUACGUUAGGAGGGGAGGCCGACGAGGAUCCCAGGAGACGACAGACCAUCACUCAGAGCAUGGCGGGUCUCGAUUUACGAAUGUUAGAAGACCACGGAGGGCUGGGAGGGUCGUCCGAGGGCGAGGAGCUGUCCUGGGCUGACAUUGCCAAGAGAUCAGCAGCUACUCCUCUUGAGGAUAUCACCAGAGACUUCACGGACAAAACUCAAGACAACUGA